GGACAAAGGUCAAAGUUGAGGUUCCUAUAGGGAGGGAAUCUUUGUGCUUAUGGGGUUUCCUUGGUUGGGGACUCUCUUGGGACCUUCCCUCUCAUCCUUCUCUUCCUAUCCCAACCUUUCUCUUGCUCCUUCUAAUUCCUUGUGAGAUUCUUGAACUUUGAUUGAACUCUUGAGA